GCAGGUGCGGACCCCUUCGGCCCCUCCGCGGGAACGGCUCCGGCCCCCGCCCAGCCCCGCGGAGCCGCAGCGGCGCCGUCAAUCAGCGGCGUUUCUUCCCCCGGCCUCCCCCCCGCGCCUCUCCGCCCUCCCCUCCCGCACGCCUCGGCGCGCUGCAUCGGGCUCGGUUGACAGCAGCGGGCUCCGCUCCCCGUCAGCACCGAGAACCGGGCGCAGCGGCGGCUCCGCGUUGCCCGCAGCCCCUCUCCGAGCCCCCGCCGGCCGCCGAAGCAUGCGGAGCCAUGGGGCAGGGCUGCGGACACUCCAUCCUCUGCCGGAGCCAGCCGUACCAGGCGGCUGCGUCUGACCUACGGGGCCAGCAGGUUUUCCUGAAGGCGGAGGACGCCGCGCCCGGCUCCGAGGUGCUGCAGGACGCGCUGCUGAGCCUGGGGGCUGCGAUCGAUGCCUCAGGCCUGAGGGACUCCCUCCGCCAUGCGCUGGUCUCGCUGCUGCCUGCAGUGGAGCACGUCUACAUCUACCUGCUGGAGGGGGAAACCCGACUGAUCUGCGAUGACCCCCCCCAUGAGCUGCCAGCCGAGGGGAAGCUCAGGGAUGCGGUGCGGAAGCAGAAGCGGCUGGAAUGUGGGGGGCUGCCCCCCACCGAGCUCCCCAGCCAGCAGCUGGGACCCCUGGCAGCACCACUGGCCCCUGGAACGCAAGUGCUCAUCCUCCCACUGGUGGACAAGGACAGCGGGGCUGUGGUGUGCGUCAUCCUGGUGCACUGCGGCCAGCUGAGUGACCUGGACGAGCAGAACCUGCGGGCGCUGCAGAGACACACCCUGGUAGCGUUCCGGCGCCUGCAGGCCCUGCAGAAGCUGCAGCCCUGGCCCCAGGUCAGCCUCUCCACCAGCUCCUCCCAGACCUCCUUGGCCAAGGCUGAGAAGGUGCCCAACAGCAGCUACAGUGCCCUGGACUGCAAGAUCCUGCAGCUCUGCGGUGAGCUCUAUGACCUGGAUGCUGCCUCCCUCCAACUCAAGGUCGUCAACUAUCUGAAGCAGGAGACCCAGUCCCUGUGCUGCUGCCUCCUGCUCGUGUCCGAGGACAACCACCAGCUCUUCUGCCAGGUGGUGGGGGACCGUGUCCUGGAGGAGGAGAUCAGCUUCUCGCUCACCUUCGGGCGCCUGGGGCAAGUGGUGGAGGACAAGAAGUCCAUCACCUUGAAGGACAUCAGCGAGGAGGAGCACAGGCAGCUGAGCAGCAUGCUGGGCUGCGAGGUCACCUCCAUGCUCUGCGUCCCCGUCAUCAGCCGCGCCACCUCCCAGGUGGUGGCACUGGCCUGCGCCUUCAACAAGCUGAGCGGUGAGAGCUACACAGAGGCGGACGAGCACAAGAUCCAGCACUGCUUCUGCUACACCUCCACGGUGCUCACCAGCACCUUGGCCUUCCAGAAGGAGCAGAAGCUCAAGUGCGAGUGCCAGGCGCUGCUGCAGGUGGCAAAGAACCUCUUCACCCACUUGGACGACGUCUCCGUUCUGCUCCAGGAGAUCAUCACCGAGGCGCGAAACCUCAGCAACGCCGAGAUAUGCUCCGUGUUCCUGCUGGACCGGCUCAGCCACGAGCUGGUGGCCAAAGUGUUUGAUGGAGGAGUGGUGGACGAUGAGAGCUACGAGAUCCGCAUCCCCGCGGACCAGGGCAUCGCCGGGCACGUGGCCACCACCGGCAAGAUCCUCAACAUCAAGGACGCCUAUUCCCACCCGCUCUUCUACCGCGGCGUGGACGACAGCACCGGCUUCCGCACCAGGAACAUCCUCUGCUUCCCCAUCAAGAACGAGAGCCAGGAGGUGAUCGGGGUGGCGGAGCUGGUGAACAAGAUCAACGGGCCCUGGUUCAGCAAGUUCGAUGAGGACCUGGCCACCGCCUUCUCCAUCUACUGCGGCAUCAGCAUCGCCCAUUCUCUGCUGUACAAGAAGGUGAACGAGGCGCAGUACCGCAGCCACUUGGCCAACGAGAUGAUGAUGUACCACAUGAAGGUGUCGGAUGAUGAGUACACGAAGCUGCUGAACGAGGGCAUCCAGCCCGUGGCCACCAUCGACCCCAACUUCGCCAACUUCACCUACACCCCGCGCUCGCUGCCCGAGGAUGACACCUCCAUGGCCAUCCUGAGCAUGCUGCAGGACAUGAACUUCAUCAACACCUACAAGAUGGACCGUCAGACGCUCACCAGGUUCUGCCUGAUGGUGAAGAAGGGCUACCGGGACCCCCCGUACCACAACUGGAUGCACGCCUUCUCCGUCUCCCACUUCUGCUACCUGCUCUACAAGAACCUGGAGCUCGUCAACUACCUGGAAGACAUCGAGAUCUUUGCCCUCUUCAUCUCCUGCAUGUGCCACGACCUGGACCACAGAGGCACCAAUAACUCCUUCCAGGUGGCCUCGAAAUCAGUCCUGGCUGCGCUGUACAGCUCAGAGGGCUCCGUCAUGGAGCGGCAUCACUUCGCCCAAGCCAUCGCCAUCCUCAACAGCCAAGGCUGCAACAUCUUUGACCACUUCUCCCGCAAGGACUACCAGCGCAUGCUGGACCUCAUGAGGGACAUCAUCCUGGCCACCGACCUGGCGCAUCACCUCCGCAUCUUCAAGGACCUCCAGAAGAUGGCAGAAGUGGGCUACGACCCCAAGAACAAGCAGCACCACAGCCUCUUGCUCUGCCUGCUCAUGACCUCCUGCGACCUCUCCGACCAGACCAAGGGCUGGAAGACCACCAGGAAGAUCGCGGAGCUGAUCUACAAGGAGUUCUUCUCCCAGGGUGACCUGGAGAAGGCCAUGGGCAACCGCCCGCUGGAGAUGAUGGACCGGGAGAAAGCCUACAUCCCGGAGCUGCAGAUCAGCUUCAUGGAGCACAUCGCCAUGCCCAUCUACAAGUUGCUCCAGGACCUCUUCCCGAAGGCAUCGGAGCUCUAUGAGAGGGUGGCCAGCAACCGGGAGCAGUGGACGAAGGUGUCCCACAAGUUCACCAUCCGCGGCCUGCCCAGCAACAACUCCUUGGACUUCCUGGAUGAGGAAUACGACCCCCAGCUCAAUGGAUGCCUGGAGCCCGAGGGGGGACACCCCAUGGCAGGGGCUGAGUGAAGGGGGUGACGGGGGGGACACCAUGGAUGGUCCCGUCCCGUCCCCCCCCAGCCCAUGGGGAGGAGGUUGUGGGGUGGUGGGGACGGACACGAGUGACUGGAGCACCAUGGCGAGGGCUCAGCCACCACCCACCUCCCCUCCAGCGGGGACUGUCCCCUUCCUGUGGGUGUUCGUUCAGGUGCCACCUUCACCUUGGGGCCCUCUUUGGUGGGACUCUGCCUUGGGGCCCUGUGGGGACACUAUGGGGACGCCAUGGGGACGCCAUAGGGCUGGGUGUGCUUUCAACUGCCUUAAGGCUGCAGGUUUUGUCUCCAUAGGGUGACAACGGGGACGAUGUCCUCAAUGGAAGCACCCUCAAAGGGUUCUCACCUGAAAUGGGGUCAAUGGGAUGGAGGGGGAUGAGGGGCAAUGGGAGUGCUGGUGAUGGGGUGAAUGGCGUGGGGACAUCCCUAUGGACCCCAAAGGUGGAGCCAAGGCUGGGGAGGUGGGAUGGGAGUGCUGGGGAUGGAGGAGCCAGGAUGAGACCCAUGGAAAGAGGCUGGAUCUACAUAGAGGAGGCAUCUGGGGCAGGAUGCCCAUGACCAUGGCGAUGCUCUGCCUGCAUCCAGCCCCACCACACUGGAGAACCCCCCUGCCUCUAACCCCCCAUCACCCAUGGGAGGCCCCGUGUCUUUCACCCAGCCUGGUCCCACCAAACCAUGACCCCUGCAAGGGCUACACCCGUGCCAAGGCUGCAGGAUUGGUCCCCACCACGUGGUGUCUCUGUGGCUCAGCACCGUGGUGCCCAUCCUGGAGCCUCCUCGCUGCAAGUGGCUGCACCAGUGACCAACCCGUCCAUGGCAUCACCCCGCUGUGGCCACCAUGCAUGGACCCCACCAUUGUCCCUCUGGUCCUGCAGAGCACCAUGCAUGGACCCUGAUGGUCUCCUGUGGCCCCUCUGGUCCUGCAGAGCACCAUGCAUGGACCCUGAUGGUCUCCUGUGGCCCCUCUGGUCCUGCAGAGCACCAUGCAUGGACCCUGAUGGUCUCCUGUGGUCCCUCUGGUCCUAUAGACCACCAUGCAUGGACCCUGAUGGCUUCUUGUGGUCCUUCUGGUCCCAUCAACUGCCAUGCAUGGAC